AUGACAGACAUACCAGUGUCACUGUGCACCCACGUCGUCUACGAUCGUUUGGCAAUUGAUUUGUAUUCUAAAGUCACUCCGUACUUUACUCUCACCAAUCCCGACGCCGAUGAGCCGUUGGAUGAAUUUGAAAAGUUUUCCGCACUAAAGCGAACCAACCCGCAGUUGAAGUUGAUCAUUUGUCUGCGCAGUAUAUUUAUUGCUCAAGUCGCGUCGGAACCAGACCAAAGAAGAGCUCUUAUAGAAAGCCUCAUCCAGUUCAUGUCAACGUAUAAUUUGGAUGGUGUUGAACUGUUUUGGGCUGAUGAAAGGUUCAAAUCUGAGGAAUCGCUCUACCAGUUGCUAGAGGAGGUUAAGAGCGGCUUCCGGGCAGCCGGCCAUCCGACGUGGGAAGUGACCAUACUCAUUGAUAUCGACCAUCGCGGUCUCGAUCAUGCACGGUUGUGUGCGGGCGAGCGUAAUCCAAAAUAUCACAACAAAAAUACGAAACCAUCCGCCAACACAUUGAUCAAUAUAGAUGGCAAGACAAAUUUUACUCUGGAUGGUGCCCUGCAGUACUGGAUCGAUAAAGGCUGUCCUGCUCAAAAGAUCGUACUUGGGGUGGCGUUUAUAGCACAAGUCUUCAAAUUGGAGAAACCGAUUUUUAGACCAAACUUUUAUGUUAAAGACUUAAGAACAUUCUGCACCCUAACGGAGGAUAGACCGUUUUGCUCUUACAUAGAGCUGUGUCGGUCGUUUAAUGAAGGCGAUUGGACGAUGGGCUGGGACGAUACGGCAGGGCUGGCACCGCACGCGUUCAGUUCCAGUUGGUGGAUAGCUUACGAGAAUGAGGCUUCAGUUGGCCGGAAGGGCGAGAUCGCGCGAGAGAAAGGUUUGGCCGGGGUGUAUGCUGUCACGCUGGACAUGGACGACUAUCGGGGCAAGUGUGGGACCGUAUACCCGUUGAUGAAUUCAUUGAGCGGUUCAUUUAGCAAGAAGGCAAAGAAUUAA